GUGACGACGUGUGUGUGUGUGUGUUGAUCGGUCUCUUUCUUCUAGCUAGUAGCUUACAGUAGUUUUUAGCCUUCUACCUGGCGUCGCCAGCAGCAGGAACAUUCUCUCCUACUUAACAAGAGGACUACACGACCUAGCUACACCUAUCACCUCCCCCCGUGGCCGACCGCUCUCUACUACUUACCCUAGAUUGUGCGGAUGGACAAGUUUCGACCCGUGGCUUCGUCUCCAGCGAAGGCAACAGACGAGAGAAAAUGGAAGAGAAGUCAUGAAGGACUGGUAGGACUGGUGAACAUCGGAAACUCUUGCUACAUGAAUGCUGCACUUCAGGCCCUCUCUAACUGCCCGUCGUUUCGACAGUUUUUUGUCGAGUGUUACCACCCGGUUCCGUCGUCGCCGGCAACCGGUGGAGGCCACACCUACUCGGGCCAGAGAGCUGCGGAUGUGCUUGCUGCCGUCUUCAAGAAAAUGUGGACUUCCGACAAGCCUCCUGGGCACCUCUCACCUCGCAUGGUGAGCUCGGCAAUGAGGAACAAGAUAUUCCGUACGUCUCUCCAACAAGACUCUCAAGAGUUCCUCCGCUGUCUACUGAUGCAGAUUCACGACGAAACAGCUGUCGAGGUGCCAUCCUGGUUUGCUCUGAGAGCGUCGUCUUCAUUGGGGAAGACUCGGGGCGGGUCCCGAGAGGCGGAGGAAAUUGGUGGGCGGGGCCAGCAGCUAGCGAGGACGGGCGGGUCUCAGGUGUCGCUGGAGUCUCAGCCGUCGGACGAUGAUGCUGUGGGUGUGGUCAGAAGGGGGGAGGAGGGAGAGGUGUACGAGAUUGACAUGGUAACCCGUCGCGUCACUCUUCAUCGAAACUGCCACCUGUUUGACCAAUCAUCCAACCAGCAACAGCAGUCGGGUUGCCAGAACCAAAGUGAAGGAGACACGAAAUCCGCCGGAAGGAAAACUGAUCUCCAAUCUUCACCACAAUCUCGUCUCAGAGGGAAGAGAGUGCAAGCUAAGCCCGAGCUCCGUAGCGUCGUGACUGAGGUUUUUGAGGGAAUUCUGGAGAGCAGGGUCAAGUGCGGCUCCUGCAAGAAGGCCGGAAGGAGAUGGCUAAAUGUCGACACGAACCUGAGAGAGAGACGGCAGAGCUCGGCCCAGUCUCGGGGGGAGGAGGGGGAGGGAAGAGAGAGGGAGGUGGUGGGGGACCUUCAGUCGGGGGUUGUGCACAGUCAUCAACCUCAUGUCCCAGGAGGAAACCAGUACUAUUGCUCCCAGUGCAAGAAGUUUCAAAACAGCCAGAAGGAAAUGAUCAUUACGAAGCUCCCUGAGGUUCUCUGUGUUCAUCUGAAGAGGUUUCGAUUCGACGCCUACUUUUCGUCGAAGAUCAGUCGCCACAUUGCAUUCCCCCUGAAUGAUCUGGACAUGGGACCGUACCUCAAGGACUCUUCAUUAUCUCACUAUUAUAGUGUGCAUUUAUUCUGCCAGAGCUGGUCAGAACUGCAACUACGAGUUGUGUGCCGUCAUUACACACUACGGCGGAGCAGGAGGCAAGCUUUAAAUCUUCUGUCACGAGGUCACUAUGUAGCCUUUGCCAAAAACAGCAGCCACAGCUCAUGGUUUGAGUUCAACGACACUAAAGUCAGGCCGGUCUCUCCCGAUACUGUCGUCAACUGCGAAGGAUACGUUCUCUUCUACAAACGUGUUCCAACAUCGAACAGCGCUGCACUGCAGAAUAUUGAGCUAAGCUCUCUGUUACUGCCUCGACCAGGGAAGUCACCUGGCGACCCGAACCCAGUUGUUUACAUCUCCAGACACUGGCUGCAUCUCCUCAGGACAUGCUCAAACCCAGGUCCUCCCCUCCUCUCUCUCCCUCUCUCCCUCAUCUCAUGUAUGUACGUAUCCAGCUCUGUAACAAUCAUCGCUGUUUGCCUCUCAGGUCCCAUAUUUCAGUAUGAGUUUGCCUGUGAACAUGGAGCGGUGUUGCCAAACAGAGUGGAUCACGCGAGACCACUGGCUAUGUCUGUCAGGAGAGAUGUGUGGGACACCUACCAACAGAGGUAUGGUGGAGGACCAAUGGUUCAGAAACUGGAGAUCUGCUCCGUGUGCAAGGAUCUUCUAGACAGCUACACCGAGCAACGGAAACGGGAGAAAGAAGAAAUUCAUAAAUUGCAAAGUAUGUGUCAUGGACAACUGGAAAAGAGAGAGCCGUUUCUCUUGUCCCAGCGGUGGCUGGCUCAGUGGCAGAGUUUCAUCAACUGCACCUCUCUAGCGGUGGGACCUCCAGGGCCGGUGGAUAACUCAGACCUCAUUCAGGAGAUACAGCCAGACCCAAAAUCUCCCCCACAGCUCCGUCUGGUCCAUGAUGCCCGAGCCGCCCCAGCCUACCACAAGCUCUCCUGGCUUACGUGGAGUUACAUCAUCAGGACUUACGGUGGCGGCCCCAUUGUCACUUCCUCCAUGACUCCUCCCCCUUCCUCUACCCGCUGACUGAGCUCUAAUUAUAGCUCACCUGCUCAGCUCACUCAUAGUCUGUGUAUAAGCAAUACAAACCGUGUGUCAAGUGUGUGUUCCACUGUAUACUCUUUUGAAAACUGACACUAUGACAUAAGAAGCGAGCAACUACUGACUAGCAAUGGAGUGUUCACUGGCAAGUUCAUCUUUUUCGCUUUGCUCUCUCCCACCCUCCUUGUACUGUCCCUCCUCCCUCUCCCUCCUCUCUCGCGACUCUCGGGUGGCUUUUGCUCUCGAUAUCACCUCUGAAAACAGAGAGCAGUAGAGACUCAUGGCAGCCGGCGUGUCGUCGUUUCCUGGUAUGGGAUACGUGAUGAGGUUUGGGUUACAGUCACUAUCCACCACUCCAAUGGACGGAAUGUUGCACAUGGCAGCUUCUUUAAUUGCUGUCUUACUGGGAGGCACACUGAGGAAUAUCAUCAGGUCGGGGAGGCGAACCGUUCUGAGGAGCAUCUGAGAGUUUGUGAGUGUACCACCGACCCAUUGCUGGGUGACAAAGUACUCGCCGCUGUCCCGGGCGGAUUUUUGGACGAGUCGCUCAAACUGGGACCGCUCGCUCACAAACAGGAUUAUCCCGUUUCGCAGGGCCACGUGACCAGCAACGUUCAGAGCCCGACGCAGGUGGGGCAGCGU